UGAGGCUAGUGUUUGGCCAGGCCAGUCAUCCAUCUCGUAUAUCGAUUAAGCGAGCAAUCAUAUGCAUUACCCCAGACUGCACGCACCCCUGACCACGGCAUAUUCCUUACCUAACAAUUACUACUUGCCCGCCCGCCAUUUGCUCCGGGCGGGGUCCCGUGAUCCUGCGGAGAACGCUAGUGCUGUCACUCGCUCUCCUCCCCUCCUCCUCUGCCCUCGUCAUCCAUGGCCUUUGGCCCCCUCGAUCCAAAGAUCAUGGAACUCAAUCCCACCCCGUCUCCCCUCUUUCAGGGUGAAGAAGCAGGGGAACCAGGCCACUGGCCGAGAACCCACCGAAUCCUUCCGGUCAACUGACUCAGUCCCGGCCGAUACGCAGCCGAGUAACCGACGGGGAGGACUGACAGGCAGGCUCCUUCAUGCAUGCUGGAUCCUUGCGGGGUAAGGUCGAUAGACAGGGAACUAGUGGGUGGUAGGCACACUAGCUGGGAGCUACCUUAGCUAAGGGGGCGAAUUUCCACAGCUCUCCAUCUCGGGAUUCUCCCUUAUUGGCAGGACGAUCCAACUCGACUUUUUUG